AAUCGACGCCUGUUUCUCUCUGUGGGAUGUAUUCAUUGCGAGCACCUCGGCGGCGCCGAGAUUUAAUUGAACCAAGCUACCAAUCUUGAGCAAUCAAGUCAUCAUGUCCGGCACGGUGCUCAGCACGCUCUGCAGCAUUUGCCAUUCCCAGCCGCCAAAAUACAAGUGUCCGCGGUGCGGGGCGCGCACAUGUUCAGUGCCAUGCAUCCAAAAGCACAAGGCGCGUGCGGACUGCGACGGCGUGCGAAACCCAAGAGCCUUUAUCCCCCUAAAUCGCCUCCGCACCGACGCCGGCAUAGACCAUGAUUUCAACUUUAUAUCAUCCAUUGAGCGCGCCCGCCAGAGAGCCGAGAAAGACGUGGUCGAAAUCCGGCAGUUACUGAGCGAGAAGGAGCUGCGGCCAGCCAACGAGGAGAAGCAGUUCCGCAAGGUAUGGCAUGGCGAUGAGCUGCACCACAUCCCGGUGCAGGUUCCACCCAAUGCCAAACAUGGCCAGCCCCAUAAACCCCAUGCAAGUCCGGCUGUUAUCGACAGCUUCGACAAGCACGUGCGCCGGCGGCUGAGGUUUCUCGACAUCCAGGCCGUCGCCAUGCCAAGAGGGAUGACGAGACAGAAAGAGAACAAGACCGCCUGGAACAGAAGAACCCAAACGAUCAACUGGCAGGUCGAGUGGCUCGUCUUCAACCCUCCCGGACCGGACUUUCCCGUCGAGCCCCAACAGCCCCUCCGCGUCCUCUGCAAAAGCCUCGAGGGCAGACCCCUUCACAGUGCCUUAGCAUCCGCUCUCGAAUGGCACCGUGGCCAGCGACAGCGCCAACAACAUGACACCGUCAACAACGACCCCAACAUCAACGAGAACAACGCCGACGAGGCAGCAUUCCCCCCCAAGAAGAGACUCAAACCCCAAAGACCGCCCCAGACGCAAGACCCAACGACCACCGGCUGGCCCGCAACACCAUACACAAUGCAGUCCUCACUCUCAGUCAACGCGGGAGGCGGCGGCGGAACCGCUACAUGGAACAGAAUGACCACUCUGCCUUCCCAACCAACAACGCUAGAAGACGACCUCGUGGCGUGGCAAUUCUUCUUGCUCAAAGCCAGCCGAAUGCCGACUUCGUCUUCCAACUCCAAUCGCAAUAGCAGCAACAACAACAAGAACAAUUUGAGAACCCUCAUCCCGCUCGCCUCAACAGACACCCUGACGAGUGCCCUGAGCGGGCGCACCGUGAUCGAAUUCCCCACGUUGAUCGUCCUGCCGCCCGGCCUGUCAUUACCGGACGGCUACGAGCUAGCUUCCGGGUCCGAGCGGAGAACACCGAGAGGGAGGAACGACGGUCAUGGCACCAGUAUCAAAAACUACAUACAACCUGGGAGCGGGCAGAGGAAUGGCAAGAGGCCUCUUCAAGCGGAAACUGAAAACGGUGCUGAAGGGGGCUCUAAGGGAAGAGGUGGGUAUAAGGGGGGAGGGAACAAGCGAGUCAGGUUUGAGCCGGGACGGGAGAAGCCCGCUGCUCCGGUUGUCAAUGGUGUUGAGGAUGCUGAGAGUGAGGGUGAGGAAGGGGAGGUGGAUAGUGAUGGGGACGACGUGACCAUGAGCGAGGCUGCUGUAGAUGGGGAUGGGUUGAGCGGGAGUGAAAGUGUUAGCGACAGCGAUAAUGAGAGUGACAGCGAGAGUGGUCCAAGUGAGGAGGAGAGCGGGGCGGUCCCGGUCGAGGCAGGGAGCAAAUCCCUGGGUGGUCUGGUUGACUAUAGCUCGGAGGAGGAGUCUGACUAGCUUGAUCGGUGACAAGUUUCUUAGAUGGAAACUAGACGAAAGCUUCAUAGCUUUAUACUAUUAUGUAAUAAUGAGGGCUAGGUACUCUCCAACUCAAC